GUGAUUGAGGAUUUUGAGAUAAGAAAUGGCAGCGGACGGAGUGAACGAGUUACGACUUAAACUUGUUCAUGGCCAAAGUCACCACAACCUGUUGUUGGCUUUGCCCACUGAAGAAGCUGGGGAUGUCCUGACAGUGAGACACCUGGCCAAAGAGGUGUUCAUAGCCACAGGAGUGCCCAUCCCAGGACAGAGACUUAUAUUCAAAGGAAAAUCCCUUAAAGAUCCAUCAGAACAUUUGAGUAAACUUGGAAUGAAGCAAGAUUCAAAAAUAAUGCUUAUUGGCAAAAAGCCGAGUCCAUUUGAGGAUGCAAUUUUGAACCAACUGUCAACAGUGGAAAAAGCACAGGAAAAGACAGAGAAGAAGCAGAGUGAGAUAACACUGGAGUUGGAUGGUAUUCACAGGAAUUACUUCCCCAAGGACCUAAAGGGAGAAGCACUGGCCAAGCUGAGCAAGAGGCUAGGCAUGUGCACAGAAGACUAUAUGAGGAUUCUGGAGAGGUUAGACUCCAUUAGCAUACCUGAGUCUCACAAUGAGGGCAGAUUGCGGAGGAAAACCUUGGUUACCAAAGUACAGAAAUGUUUAGACCGUAUUGAUUGUUUAAGUCAAGGAAUCAAUGAGAUGCUGUCAAGACGGCCAUAAAAAACAUUAACUCUCAACCAGGCCAUGUUGAUUUUUUAUUAAAACUAGGAUUUCAUUUACUCUAGAAACUCCAGAAAUUUUAGUGGGCUGUAUACAAAAUUAAAAAUUGUUAAAAUUUAAAUUUGAAAGAAAAUCAAAGUGAAUCAGUAUAUAACAGGUAGAGGUGUUUUCUGAACCGAUAAUUAUGAAAUAUAUGUUGUGAUAUUAAAAACAGCUGUAUAUUAUCUGCGUGUGUGUGUCAAUGUGAUAAUGUAUUUUUAAAACACAUUUGCAUAUAAAACCUCCUCAUUUCAUGUCAUAUCUGUUUAUUUAAUCUAACAUCUCUUGGAGCAAAUUGUCAAAGUAAUUUCCUUCCGAGAUCAGAGAAUUGUGAUUAAACUGUUGUCAUUUCUAAUUUUCAGGUAAUAUAAGAUAUUAUAAUGCUAUCAUUACACUUAACCAGGUCCAUAGACAUCAUGUUACUUUGCUCUAGACUUAUUAUUUUGUAUCUACAGAGAUAUAGCGUGUUUUGGUUUAAUAGUCAGUCUGAAAACUCAAAACUGUACCCAAAAUUAUGUGUGCUGUUUUUCAAAGAUAGCAUUUAGCAUUAACUCAUACCUCUCGAGUUCUUCCUUUUUGUUAACUUGUGAUGUUCCUUAAAAGCUUGCCAUUUGAUAAGUAUUUUAUAUUUGAAGAAUUAGGUAUUUUUCUAAUGAAGAUUUUAUUUGAAAAUUGCUGUCGAGAAUAACUACUCGAACUCAUUAGUUUUAAUAACACUUCAAUCCAGUCCAAAAUAUGUCUGUUUAAAAUAGCUCAAAGAACGUGUUGAACCUUGUAUUAAAAGGUUAUUGUAUUAAGAGGUUAUGUUCUACGGAUUGGUCUCAUAUCAAGAUUGCGGUGCUGUAUUUAUGUACUAACUGUCUGGUGAC